AAUUCAUCAGAAGUAUACGAAACCUGUCAUGCUGUUGUGUUGCUGCUUUUUGUGAUUAUUUCUCAGGGUCGUGGAGCAACACAGCCAGAGCAAAAGGGACAUUGUUAACUUGUGUUCGCUUGUUUAAUGUGUGCAACUUUGAGGAUCCUAGAUUGAAACGUGAAGACGUUUAAAGGGUGAAAACACGGUGUCUUUGUGUCGUGUUACCAUGGAAGCUGCAGCAUUGGUGGAGUUCCGAAAUGUGGGCUGCAGUUACUUCCCUCAGAGCAGAGUGGACUGUCACUACACAAUAAGCUCAAAGCACAGCUGGGAUAGCAGUGACUGGGUUGGGCUUUUCAAGGUGGGAUGGUCAUCAGUGAAGGACUACCACACAUUUGUUUGGGCACUGGCACCUGCUGACUACGAAUCACAAACAGAGGUCAACUGUUGUGUUCAAUUUCAUGCAUCCUACCUUCCCAAGCCAAGUGGCCAAGAAUACGAAUUUGUCUACAUCAACGCUAAAGGGGAAGUUUGCUCCUGCAGCUCAAAAUUCACAUUCUCCGCCCCAAAACCCCUGGAGGAUUUAGUGACCCUUGAGGAGGAGCCACAUGGGGAGGAAGAGGGCACUGAUAUUCUGCUGGUCAUACCUCGAGCUGAAUUAUUGCAGAACCGACUGCAAGAAUGUUUGCGGGAGCGGGCUGAACUUCUGCAGAUGCAAGAGGCAGCAAAUGAGCAAAAGGAGAAGGAGAGGGAAGACUUCGACAGAGAGAGGGAUGCUUGGAGUGGACGUCACAGAAUGUUGGAAGGUUACAUCAGUAGCCUGAAUGAUGAGCUUCAGAGGAGCCAGGAAAAGAUGGUGGAGAUGGCGAGGAAGCAGAAGGAGGAAAUGGCUUUGGGGGAAUGUCUUGCACAAGAAAAAAGUGCUUUGUUGGAAGUUAGUGAGGCCAACAAAUUGCGAAUUCACCAACUGGAGGAGGAUAUCAAAACUCUGACACAGAAAGCUGUGGAACGAGAGAUAGAAUCGGAAAGGAUUAAGGAAAGAUCUCAAAGGACAGCGGCCAAGUGGAAAGAAGAGAAGAGUGACAAAAAGAUACUGCAGACCAAGCUGGAACAGACCGAGAGAGAUCUUCGAAGUCUGUCCAAAGAGUUUCAUGGCCUGAGGAAUUCCCUGGCCCAGAGAGACACCAGCGUGCUGCAACUCCAGAACACCAUCAGCACCCUCACCCAGAAACUCACCACAGCCCAGAAGAAAGAGGAGUUGAAUGAGAUAAUGCUGAAGGAGAUGAGGAGCCUCCAGGAGCGUCUGAAUGACAGCGAACGGGCCGUGGAGGGCCUUAAGAAUGACAUGAGCACAGUGGUCACCCAAAAUGACCGCGAACGGGCCGAACUGCAUCAGGCACGGCUUCAGGCCGCCCAGCUUACCUUGCAACUCGCAGAUUCCAGUCUGACCCUGAGAGAAGGCAGAGCACAAUGGGCUCAGGAGAAGCAGAACCUACUGUGUACCUUUGAGAAGGAGCACGAACAUCUGGAGAGCCUUACAGUCGAGAUGCAGACUUUGGAGGAAAAGCUCCAGGAGGAGAGGACGGAGAAAAAUAAGCUGGAGGUAGAACUUGGGAGGGAAAAGGAUUGCAACCGGGUGCUAGUGAGCGAAAUGUGCAGGGAGCUCCAAGAGAUGAAGACCGGCAUAAGGGUCGCCCAGAAAGAGAAGGAGUACCUGCUUUCUGAGAAAAAGGACUUGAUGGACUACAUCUGUCAGUUGGAGCAAAAGAUGGAAACAGCAGCCAGUGCCAAGUGGAGCGCUUCCCCCGCCGCUUCCACAGGACAUCCCGCUGACCCCUUGUCGGACGUGUCGGAGGACGACGACCCAGAAGCCCUGCAGUCACUCCGUUCGGACGGAGCCUCAGGAAACUACAGCCUGUCGCUCCUAACCACUCCCCCGCCCUCCCCGCGAGAGAUGGAGAGAAGCAUCGUGGUUAUCAGCCAGCCGGCUCCCCUCUCCUCACCGCGCCAGCGCAGACCCGCCUCGUUGGUACACAACUCUGAUUCGGAGGAAGAACCUAAUUCACUUAAAUGUGGAAGAAGGCACAGCUACACGGACAUUCCAAGUGAUCCCUCCAGCACAUCACCAUGGUAACCGGAGCAGCGGACGUCCCACGUGUGAGAAGAAGCGGCUCUUUUUUCUUUCUUCCAUUCUUCACAGACUCAUUGUCAAUAUGCAAUCGUCCUCUUUCCCCCUACUACACCCCCUGUGACAACCCCCCCCCACACACAAACAAAAACCGGUCAAGCCGACAUUUACGAUGGACGUAAGACGCCGGCCCAGGUGGACGGAGCGGGCGUUUAGGCUCCGCUUCACAGGUUGUAGCCCAACACUUCCAGUUGAAUCAUUGCUACGUCGAGAGUUUUACGGCGGAUGUUAUGUCGUUUUUAUGACAUUUGUGAUUAGGAGUCAUGACAGGCACCGUAAUUAUGAUGUUUUGUGCAGGGCCGGGCCCCACUGAAAAUCAUGGCGAAGCUUCCUCGCAAGCAUUAAAUUCUCCCCAUCGCAGCUUUGAAUGCGAUUCAUGACAGCAUAAAGCAUUGAUACAGCAUCGCGCCAGGAUUAUUUUGCCGUGACGUUAUAUAGCUGCCCUAUUUACUCCUGGACUAAGAUUUUAAACGCACUUUCUUAAACACGUUAGCAGUUGAUGAGCAUGCAGUAAAAAUUUAAGAGUCGCUGAGGCACUGAAAGAUGUUUUUGCAAUCAAACGCUUGUUGAACAGAUUGAAGUUGACAGAAACUUUGUAUUCACGAUAUUCCAACUUUGAUGCGUUCAUUUUCCACCAGCUGGAAUAGCAUUUUUCUUGCUGCUCAUAGGGAGACUUUAAUAUAUUCGUCUCCUCUUAAUUCACAUUCACACAGCUCUAAAUUUGGGCGUAAAUAAUUGAAGAGCAGUCUUAUGAAAGAAAAUCUUUAUAGAUAGCGACAUCAUCACAUGCUGUCAGCGUGUUCCCCGAGGCCUGUGGGGAGAUACUGCCUAGUAAAAGUUGCUGCCUAGCCUAUCUUUUCAUCAAUACUGUAUGCAUUUUCUAGAUUUUCUAUUUGCAAUGAAAACCGGUUUUGCUGCAAUUAAGCUCGAUUCGGGCGAUUUCAAAGAAGUGGCCGAGAACCUUUUGAAGCUUAUGUGUUUAUGUGCUGAUUUUGCACCCCGUUUUUAUUAGACUAAGGUUUUUAUGGUGUUUUUAUGAAGUUAAUGCAUGAAUUAGGGAUGGGCAGAUUACUUUUAUUAAUCAUUUGGUUCAGUGUGUGGAAUUGAUAAUGAUGAUAGUGGAUUUUUUUGAAGCAGUUGCGAUAAAUUGGAGUGCACUACGUGACGGCAACCUGCAGAGUUGCUGUUCAGUCAGUCUUUACUAGCUUGUUUGUAUAAAAAAGAAUAACUUGGCAAAACAAUAGCCAACAAUUUAUCAGUGGUGUUGUUUGGUGUGCGUCAUGAAUCACUUGACGCAUUGAAAUCUGAAAGGAUGCAGUAGUCACUAUCCAUGCAGACCAUGGACUCACCUCUUUGAUUGUGAACGCAUGUUCAAAACCACAGUAACUAGCACUAGCUUGUUUGUAUAAAAAAGAACAACUUGGCAAAACAAUAGCCAACAAUUUAUCAGUGGUGUUGUUUGGUGUGCGUCAUGAAUCACUUGACGCAUUGAAAUCUGAAAGGACGCAGUAGAGUCACUAUCCAUGCAGACCAUGGACUCACCUCUUUGAUUGUGAACGCAUGUUCAAAACCACAGUAACUAGCAAAAUAUAUCUUCCAUAAUUUAUUGUGAACGACCUGUAAAGAACUGGAGCAAAAACAAUCUUUCAUAGUAGGGUGGGCAUAACAAGCGUUGUUUUUAUAGUCACAUAACAACAACAACAACAACAAACCAAAACAUUACCUGUACGAUAUCCACAAGUUGACAUGACAGCACCAGUCGGCGCACACACUCAAUGACGGCGGAAAAAACAAAAGGGAAUACAACAUGGGCAAACAAUACACAGGUAUGUAGUCUGGGUUACAAAAUACGGCUACUCAGUUUGGCAUUUCCACUCCUGGGUCACAGAGACCCAGGGGGAACACAUAAGCCCUAUAGGAAGGUAAAACUGGAGAGCACCUGGGCAUAUUUCAUAAGGGGGAUAAAAUUUCAACAUUAUUUACAAAACAAUAUGUGGAUAUCAGAUGAAAUUCAAAUUGAGAAAUGAAGGGGCAGAUGACUACGAGCGUUGUUUUAAUCCUGUUUCGAGGACUGCCUAAUAAAAGUGCUGUGUGCGCUUGAUCGGAAGUAAAAAGCAAGUGGGUUCACACUCUUGUAGUAGUCCAAUUGAGUUUGAGUUAAUGAGAUGACUCACUACCUGAUCGUGAUGGGCUACCGGAUAGCGACAGAUUGCCACUGUGCAUUUGCGAACCAUCAUCACUUCCUCUUGAACAGUGAUAGUGUUGGAGGCAGUCAUUCAGGUCCUCCGUGUGUUUGUUUUCAAUUCAGGUGAGACGGCUAGACUGGGUUGCAAAGUAAAAGACUGACUGGAAGCAAGAGAUCAUUACUGCGCAGUUUUAAUUUCAGAAAUUUCUGGGUGCAUUCAAUGACAGAACAAAGCUGUGUAAAGAAAAUGCACGCCGAACAGAGAGCUCGGCGUGGCUUAAAUACUGGGCUUAAAAGGAGGUGUGUCUGUUUGGUGAUUAACUCAUCAUGCAAAAUAGGUCAUGAGCCUUGCUGGUUGGCAGUUAAAAGUCCAUGAUUAUUGUUGGCAGUCAAGGUCCAUGAUUAUCUGAGGCAAAACUGUCAGCGGUUUUCUGUGAAAAACAACUGGUCAUGCUUGCAAGCAUAUCAGAAGAUUGCAUUAGGCGAGAUGUAUACUGACUUCAAUAGCAGAUAUAGACAUGUACGUGAUAGAUUAAACAAUUAAAAAUAUUCUUUUUUUGGGGGGCUGAUAUUUUAGAGAGAAAUAAAAUAUGUAUGCAUAAUAUGUAAGCAUCCAAUGAUUAUGCCGUAGAUGGAAGAACACAAUGCCUUUAAACGCUGAAAGUUGUAAUGUACAAAUGGAGAGCACACUCAAUCUGUACUCACAUAUGCAAAUAGAGGAUUCUGAAGCCUUCAUACAUUUUUACAAUAACUGUCUUACAUAUAUAUGUCUUAUCAAAGACAAACUACAAAUGCUAGUUAGUUAAUCUAUAGAUAUUUAAAAAAUCUUGUUUGUUAUAACAACGUCUGUAAUGUUUAAAGUUUUUUGUUUAAAUUUUAACAGGGUGAAUGGUCUCUGAAGGGUUUAAUUGGGGUGAGGGGAGAAGAAAAAAGGUAUGUAAGGAAAUAUAUUUUUGAAUUCUUGAAAGACAUUAAGUUUAUGUAUAGCUUGUAAGGGUGGGGUGCUGCAUAUUGGAAGAAAAAGUUUAGCACAUGCGCAGUAACGGCUACUCGAUUGCGUCCGGCUGUUCACGUGACUGUGCUAAGUCACUUUCUCCGUUGCCUUUAUGCUUAUAAACACUAUAAAUUCAGACAUAUAGUUUAUUAUUCUUCGAAUGGUCUGGCAUGUGUGUUGAAUAAUAAUGUUUUUACAUGUAUAAAUUUAACACAUAAAUAAGCAUAAGGGUAUUGCAGCAAGUUAAAAUUCUUCUGCUUUUGAUUAAUGGCAGAUUGCAAGCAACUUCCAGGUGCAUACUGCCACCUAAUGUCCAAGAAUGUGCAGCAAUGCCUGUACCCUUACAAUCUAUACAUAAACUUAAAGUCUUCCAAGAAUUUAAAAAGAGCUUACCUUACAUACCUGUCUUCCUCUACUCUCACUCCCAGUAAACCCUUCAUAGUCCAUUAUCACCCCCCCAAAUAAGAAAUAAAAAGGUAUUAUUAUUGUUUAAUCUAUCACGUACUUAUCCAUAUCUGCUCUCAACACUCGAGAGGAAGUGACGUCAGUUCGCGCAUGCACAGUCGCAAUCCGUCAUGAUCUGGUAGCCCGUCACGAUCAGAUAGUGACAGCGACCAGUCGUGUUUUUGGAGCUGUGACUUGCUAUGGAAACAAACCGGGACGCAAUAAGGCCAUCUCGUAAGCUCAAAUGUUGAGGUCAUUGUGAAUUUAGCAGCUGAACGCCACCGCUUCAAAAAUGGGACAUCCAUCAUUAAAAAUACAUUCACUUACAUCCAUUUUUCUCACAAUACCUAUAACAAGUACUGACGUCCUCGUCUUUAUAUAUUAAGCUGAAAAGGUAAAGAUGCAAAAUACCUCAUAAGAAAAAAAAAAAACUUUUGGUGGUCCCAAUUUAUUAAUUUUAGUGCUCUGUUAUGUCGCAGCAAAAAUACAAGAUAACAUGCCACUGUGAAAAUUAUGCAAUAAAUUCUUCAUAUUCUAAAUCAUAUUUAACUUAAGAUCAACCAGUGUUGCUUUAGAAAUUAGCUCUUUAUACAUUGACCACGCAAUAUAUUUUCCAAAUUGUCACUUACAACAUUGAAACUAAGGAUAUGGGUCAAUAGCCUCCAACUGUUCUAACGGCUAUAACGUUUUUCAUCAAUGAACUCUCUGACUGCCAUUGACAGUGCUAAACAUCAAAUCCAUCACAGUCAAAAUUGGUUGGAUGUCUAUCGCUGUCAGUGGCACUGAAACAUGAUUAUUCAUUGUCUAUCGCUGUAAAUGACAAUAAAUGGGUUGAUUUCGGAUACAUUUUCGACAUGCAUGAACUUAUCUGAUAAUUACCGCCGUCAUACAAUAACCACCGUAAGGAGAGUUUAUUUGACAAAGAAAUCAAAUAUUUUUUAAAUUUUAUUUUACUUUUUUAAAAAUUAGUUUCUACAUUGAACUUUCUAGCGACCCCGUCAAACUACUGCAUGUGUGUUUCUGGGACUCACUAACUUAAAAACCUAACAACAUCACUGAUUGAACACUACUUUUUAGUCAAUUAAGGGAAUGUAGCCAAAUGCCCAUCCCUAAAAUUUUGACAUAAAGUGUGUUUUCAUCUUAAUCCUUUCAUAUUGUGUCCUGCGUUUACGUAUAUAUCUCCACUUUUCUGCCUUUAUUCAGAUUUUCUAUGAAAAUAUUUUUCAGAAUUUGUUCUAAUGUGAGAGAGGAAUAGUUGGUUGAACUGCAGCAAGAAGGGAAAUGGAUUAAUAAUGAGCAAAAGAAAUGGAUUUUAAUGUUUAAUCAACUUCUGCAAGUUUAUUGAAAAAGUCAUAACUGGGGAGUCUGAGAAGGUUUAGUAGGGCAAUCUCUCACUGUCGGUGUUUAAUUCUGGGGUUAGUCCUUCAUGUUUAAAAUGAGAAGCACAUUACAUGUAUCCUUGUUUGUGUUUAGAUGCACAUAAGUUUUUUUUUUUUUAGGUCACUACAUAAAUAUGGCAAUAAAGCUCCAAUAGUUGUGGUUUGUUUUGGAAUGAUGUUCAUCCUGCCAUCUAUUGUCUUUCUAUCAGCCAUUUAACAGGUUUUGGGCAAGGGUUCUUGUAUAAUAAAAUGGUUUAUGUAUCCAUUAUUGGGCGUAAUGUGUCUUAUUCUGGCCAAAGAUCAUGGCAAUAUUUGGAUCCUGCCGUGACAUUUCACCGGCAAUUAACUGUGCCAUUUCUUUUCUCACCGCUGCCACAUUCCCUUCUGGCUCAUUGUCUGCUUCACACACACUCCUCAUUCAAGGUGGGGUCGGGAGGGUUCUCCCCGGACUCCCUCCUCGCAGCUUCACCAGCUAUACCCCCCUCAGAGCCGACCUCAUCAUCCUCAUCUUCAUCCUCACGCCUCGCUGCUCCA